AUGACUGACGAAUUGUACUCGGAAGAAGAUUUCUGUCCAGGAAGUCCCGGUCUCAUACAAGUCUAUCCAAAAGCGGCCCCUUCACCGUCGCCAGAGCCUGUGGUCACCAAAGUCCUCCAUCCGCCAGUUAGUUCUCCUUCCAGACGACAGAAGAAGGCUAAUCGACGCAAGACGCGGCCGACGCAGGGCGACUGGGUUUUGAUCCGGGAAAUGGCACCGAAUCAGCCCGACAUUGCCCAACAAGUCAGUCAGCACGCUCUUAAUUCUGACACGGAAUCGUCUGGUCAAGAAGACGAAGGCAUGGAAGAUCAAUCUCCGAACACGACCGCGCCUUCUUCGGCUACUCAUGUCAGUCCGGUACCACGAUCGGGUACGCAGCCUUUCAGCAUGCUGCAGCCGGCCAAAGGCACAUUCGCUGCGCCUGGCCAACCGACUGCAACUUCUACCCAUAGAGACUCGGUGCUAGAAGAAGACAUUAAGAAAAGUCCUUUCUUGUCAGACAGGCGUACUUCAGAGAUAUCUCAUGCGGGCUCACUACCGAAUGGUAUGCGGCAUAUCUCUAGUGACGGAAAGUCUAUGACUGGAGUCGCCUUCGCGAUACAUUCACCCUCGCCCGCCGCCGAUGUAACGAAUCAGCGCAGAAAUUCCUCUGCAAUACACGAUGAGCUGUCUACUGGUCUUCAUCAAUUGCAAAUUCCCCAAUCGGAGAACAGACUCCCUAGCAUUCAGCCUCAGACGCCUUUGAAUGAUGCUCCCUCGCCAGCUGGAUCACAAUCUCUGCCCCCGAUUUCACUCAUGGUUGGAGACCUUGCACGCUCACAUGCACACACGCCCGUAUCUCCAUUCCCGCUCAGCGCAUCUUCUCCCAUGAGCGCAAACAGCGACGCACAACGCGGCGACAUGUUCUUGCGCUCAGGAGGCGGUAGCGUCUUUGGCGUCGACAACAGACGCCCAUCCCAAGCAUCAGAAACCGGGAGAUAUCCUCAAAGGCUAGAUUCGACUUCAAACAGUGAAGGAUACCAGAGCUCAGACGGUCCAAGUCCGGGCAGUCAGCAGACGCCGAUUGAGCAGCGGCCGCGACAUAUGAGCCUAGACGGUACUUUGGCUGCUUCUGGCGCGAUCAUUUUGCCGCCGCCGAAUGGUUCGGGAAUGCAGUCGAUGGGCCAGCAUAGUCUGGGGACGUUUCGGUGCGAUUAUCCCGGGUGCAAUGCGUUGCCGUUUCAGACGCAGUAUUUGCUGAACCAAAAUCGACCACACUACUGCCCGGUCCAAGGUUGCCCGCGCUCCGAAGGCGGCAAGGGCUUCAAGCGCAAAAACGAAAUGAUUCGCCAUGGCCUCGUGCAUCAGUCGCCCGGUUAUGUGUGUCCGUUCUGCCCGGAUCGCGAACACAAGUAUCCGAGACCGGAUAAUCUGCAGAGGCGGGAGUCGGGGGCGCAGGAGACGGGUGAGCGUCGCUGA